AUGGAUGUCGCCAGACGGGGGAGGAGGAAGGAUGACCUUUCGCUAUGGUGGUGGACAGCGUGGGUCAUCUUGCUGCUGUCCAUGCAGACAAAAGUUGUCUACACCGUUGACAUGUGGUGGCAGCUUGGUGUUCAAGGUCUGGAGAAGUGGAAGAACCCCCAGCUGCUCAUCCUGGGUGCCCAGCCCAUCUGCACGCAGCUGAAAGGAUUGUCAGCGGGGCAGAUCAAGUUUUGCCAACGAUAUCAUGACCACAUGCCCAGUAUCGGUCGAGGCGCCAAGCUGGGCAUUGCCGAGUGUCAGUGGCAGUUUCGAAUGAGGAGAUGGAAUUGUAGUACCGUGCAGGACUCUUCAGUAUUCGGCCCAGUACUAAAUAUAGCAAGCCGUGAAGCGGCCUUCACUCACGCAAUCUCCGCGGCAGGUGUCGUCCAUGCCGUAAGUCGUUCGUGCAGGGAAGGAGACCUAUCUACCUGCGGAUGCAGUCGAGCUAGGCGGCCCAAAGACCUCCACAGAGAUUGGAUAUGGGGUGGCUGUGGUGACAACAUUGAGUACGGGUACCGAUUUGCCAAGGCUUUUGUCGACGUUAGAGAGAAGGAGAGGAAUCACCCUAGGCAUUCCAGAGACCUUGGCAGGAUGUUGAUGAACCUACAUAACAACGAAGCAGGGAGGAAG